CACAAAGAAUGUUAGUACUAUAUAUCUGAUUUCUGUUCAUAAUUUAUUAUUAAAAAUAAAAUUUUGAGCAAAAAAUAAAUAAAUUAUAUAUAUGGCUUCCACAAUCGCCUUUCUUUCAUUGCAAUCCCCAAAAUGUUACAAAAUAAAUCAAACAUUUCUUUGUUCAAAUUCCCUUUUAAAGUUGAAAAAGCAAACAUCUUUGUCCGCUAGACAAUUCAAGAAUCUCAGGAGCCACAAGUUUCAAGCAAAACCCUUAAUUUUUGCAGUUCAAUCCAAUUUCUUGAAAGUUCUUCAAACUGCAUGGAGAGUUGGAAAAGAUGGAGUUGAAGCUGGAACCAACAUGGUACCUGAUGCCAUCCCAAGACCAAUAGCCAGGAUUUGUGUGACUGUAGUUGGAGCGGCCUUUGCUCUCUUUGCACUCAAAUCAUUCCUGUCGACAGUUUUCUUCGCGUUGGCGAUGAUGGGAGUCAUUUACUUUGGAUUCAUAGCCUUGAACAAGGACGAUGGUCCAAAAGGCGGUGGAGACACCGCUUCUGUUGAUGAUAGUUUAGAAGAAGCAAGGAGAAUAAUGGAGAAGUACAAGUAAUAAUGCAGAAAGGGAACUUGUCGCGGUAAUUUUCAACAUCUCCGGCUCUUUCAAAAUAGGCAGUAGGCCUUCAAAUCAAGUCAUAAAGGAAUCCUCUAUCUUCUUGAAUAUAUUGGUUUGUAAGGUAAUGUUUUACAGUUGAUUGUAAAUUUUCUGAGUCUCUUGUAUAUCUCACAUAUUUGAUCUAAAAGGUUGCAUUAUUUCAGUUUAA